AGUUUCAGGGGAGGUACUUAAGCUUGACGCCUUCCGUUCAUCCAGGCCUUGCCAGCACUAUCCCCAAAUAUCCCCUUCGUCUCUUCUUUGUCACCAUGGUGCCAGAAAGCAACCAAGAUCCUCCUGCCGGGAGUCCCGGCCAACCGGGGAGCCCGCGCCGCUUGGUCCUGUGUUUCGACGGGACUGGCAACAAAUUCCACGGAUCAGAAGUGGACACGAACAUCGUCAAGCUGUACCAGAUGUUAGAGCGUGACAAACCAGGCCAGUUCCACUACUACCAACCCGGAAUUGGCACUUACGUCAAGGGCCAAUCCAGAGACACUAUUUUCCGUAUCAUACCCAAAAUCAAGUCAUUCAUCAUCACUACCCUCGACCAAGCCGUGGGAACCUCUUUUUCAAGCCACGUGCUGUCCGGAUACCGAUUCAUCAUGCGGUACUACCAGCCCGGCGACUACAUCUACAUCUUUGGCUUCUCGCGGGGUGCGUACACAGCACGUUUCCUGGCGGAAAUGCUGCACGAUAUCGGGUUGCUGUCAAAGGGUAACGAAGAAAUGGUCCGAUUCGCAUGGGAGACCUUCAGCAACUUCCAAAAUGCAAAGGGCAACACACCAGACCCGGACAAGCCCGCCGAUAAGGCAGCGGAACGGGCAACGAAAAAGAUCAAUGAUCUCGAGCAAUACAUGGACAGUUUCAAAACAACCUUCUGCAGGCCCAAUGUUGAUGUACACUUCCUUGGUCUCUUCGACUGCGUCAACAGUGUCGGUCAGUUUGAGAUACCCAUCUGGCGCACUUCGUUCAAGAACAUUGCCUGCCCUGCCGCGAGGCACAUCCGUCACGCAGUCUCCAUCCACGAGCGGCGUAUCAAGUUCAAGCCGGCGUUGUUCGACCUCGGCGACGGCUCGGAAAUGGAGGGAGUCGACUUGAAAGAAGUAUGGUUUGCAGGCAACCACGGCGAUGUUGGAGGCGGAUGGGGUUUUCAGGAGCCAAACCAAAAGCAUCUGCUCUCCGACACACCACUGAACUGGAUGGUCCAGGAAGUCCUGCACCUUCCUAGCCCUGAGGGUAAGGUGUUCUUCCGCACGACUAAUGUUAAGGAUAUUAUCAAGUCCGAGAACGCUUUCCCGGGCAAGGUAGAGGAAGGUACCAACGCCUUUGAAUUGCGCAAGAAGUGCAGCCAGCCUCAUGACAUGCUGAGCUUCGGACAUGGUGUGGGAUGGCUCACUGUAAUCCUGUGGUGGAUCAUUGAGAUCCUUCCCAUCUUUACCCGCCUCGAACUGGAGAAGGGCAAAUGGGAGGUUCGCUAUUGGCCUCCCAAUUUGGGAGCCCCGCGCGAUCGGCCCACCAAUGCAGUGGUACAUAGUAGCGUGCAGGAGAUGACUAAAGCAAAAAUUCUGGACGACAGCUCCAUUCCAGACGCUGGGGGUGACAAUUCACAUCUUGCGAAUGCAAGCAAAAUACUCGGAGCACUCACACGUUGGCGCAAAAAAGCUGCACGAGAGGAAGACGGUCAAGCGAACGGGUCUUCGGAGAAGUCGUCGCUCUCGGAAAAGGUCACCAAUGGCGUGAAGGACGCCGUGUCUACGCUCAAGCCAUAGAUGAUUGGAAGCGGAUUGGGACCGUUCUUUAGCUUUGAGGCGCUUGCUGGCAGAAAAACACGUCAUGGUAGUCGCGUAGGACAGAUCAUGUUGUGCUUAUUUCAGGGGCUUUGUGCAACUGCGAGAUUUCUGCAUGCCCCGCAAAGUUGUGUUACCGAUCAACCCGCAACCAGGGUAGGCGUGCGUUUUCAGGUUGUAGUAACUGGAUCUCUCGUUUUUUUAGGCC